GUUUUAGCUUAGCAUGCUAACUGCUAACUUAGAUUAGCACGGCGGUCGUAAAAGCGCAUUAAUCGCGACAGUUGGCAAACUAGCGAGUUUAAUUUUGCUAUCAUAACUAAGGGAACUAGCUAGCAAUGCUAGCUCAAAAUACAACACAAUAAAGAUCUCGUUUACGUUACAUUACAUUCCCAACGCACAGUUUAUUAAAAUUAUAAUCCCAUUAAACACGAUUUUAACAUUUCUAGGUAGUAAAUAUAAAUGCUAGGUGUAAAUUGGGUGUCUGUGUUUACAUAUGAAUUAAAGUGAAAUGAUCCACCAUUUGUUUAAUCCAUUCAUUUUACAGAAAAAACAAAGUUUAUAUAGUGUAUUUUUCUUUCUUUACUCACAGGACUGAUCUCAGGACAUUUUCAUUUGCUUAUUUUUAGCUAUGUGAAAUUAUAUUAAUGGCAAACAACUUAACUAGGAAGCUCUUAAAAGGUGGGAGGAAACUAGAAAACCCAGAGGAAUCCCAACAUGUGAAACACACACACACUGAAACUGGGGACGUCACCCAAAUCUGGGAAAUGUUCAGCGAUGACGUUGAUUGUGGCCCAGAAAAAGGACAUGGCAGAGACAGAUGUGACCAUGUCCAUGGGAGACGUGGUGAUGAUGAAGGCCACUGACGAUGAGGUUGCGGCAUGCGAUUCGAACAAGACGCAAGUCAUUCUUCAGCUGCAGCCUAUCACGCCUGGGACUGAAGAUAAUACAGGAGAAACAGCUACAGCAGAUGAAGUUCUGUCAGAAGGAGGGGAUGUCGAGCUGGGAUACCCCAUUACGUGUGGCGAGAGCAAAGCUGUUCUUCUGUUCAAGAAAUUUGUUUGCCCAGGAAUCAAUGUCAAAUGUGUCAAAUAUGAGGAUGAGUUAAUCAGCCCUAAGCAGUUUGUACAUAUGUCAGGCAAAGCUACGCUUAAGGACUGGAAACGUGCCAUCAGAAUGGGGGGUGUCAUGCUCAGGAAAAUGAUGGAUUCCGGUCAGUUAGAUUUCUAUCAGCACAGCACACUGUGUACCAACACCUGCCGCAGCACCAAAUUCGACCUCCUGAUCAAUAACACACGCUUCCCUCCUGAUGGCAGUGUACUCAGUACUUCAUCAUCAUCAUCCCUGGGACAAGUCACUGUGGGUAAUGGAGCAGAAGUUGUUACUAUAGAAGAGAAACCAGAGGAAGCGUCAAGCUCUCUGGACUGGGCUAGUGCAGAGGUUACGAAGAAAAAAGAGGUGGCAGGGAUUUCAGAGGAGACGCUGAGCUUCUGGAAAGGCAUAGCGGAUGUUGGUCUUACCGGAGAAGUGGUCAGUAACAUCCGUACAGAGUUGCUGGAGAUGCUGAGAGGGGUACAGCUUCGCUCGGACCAGGCCAACCUACAAGAUGUUGAAGUGGCAGUUCUGAGUAACCUCACUCAAGUGUUUGGCCUGCUGGACUCCAUCAAACGAAUCCUGGCAGUACGGCGUCAGAUGACUGACCUGGGACAGAAACACCUCCUCAAAACACUAAUGAGUCUGGAACAUCAGCUGGAGGAGCAGAAGAAGCAGCAAGCUCAGAGCUGGUUGGUCUCAUCUUCGUCUUCCCCUCCUCCACCAAAGCGAGCUCCUAAGCGGCCUCGCCUACAUCGGCCAGCCUCUGCUACCGUGCUCCAGCCACUGACACUCCAUUCACCCCAAUACACACUCAUCUCCCCCAUCACCCUCUCCUCUGUAUGCCAACCUAUUACCUUUCCCGGCCUGGCACAGCCACCUGGUGCGGUCACUCUCUUUACUCAUGUGCCACAGCACGACGGCAGACCAGAGACCUUAACAUUGGUGGGCACAAUGGCUGCGCAGGAGCCGGCACAGCUGAACACUGUGGAGCUCGGUGCUGUGGGAACAAUGGGCACAGUGGAACUGGGAGCAGCAGGUGCAGUGGAAAUGGCAAACACGGUGUUGGUGCAGGAUCACGAGAGCCAAGCAAUUGAGAUCAACCUGCAGAUGGGAGCAGAAGCAGAGGGACCAGCCAAGGAGGAAGAAGAGAGGAGAAGGAUGGAGGGAGAAGGGGAGGAUGGAAGUGGAAUAAUGGUGGAAGAUGGAGAGAAAGAGAUGAAAGUCGAAAUGGAGGAGCUGCAUUUGGAAACUAACGGGCAGAUUCACAAUCUACAGAUUUUUGUGGUGGAAGAUGAGGAACAAAUGCAGGUUGAAGGCAAAUCUGAAUGAGCCAUGGACAAAAACGUGCAAACACACACACACACACACACACACACACACACACACACACACACACACACACACACACACACACACACACACACACCCCCUAAGACAUUUGCACUUGUUUUCAUUAUUUUCUACUACUUUUCUAAAAGAGGUCGACAUGGCCAAGUUUAAAAGUUAUGUAACUGCUUUUUUGUAUAAGCAACAUCAGUAUUCCUUUAUGAACUUUAGAAAACACACAUGCAUUUUGAUAUGCCUUUGUAGAAACAAGUACAGUAUUUUUUAUUUUUAUUUUAUUGUAUGGACUAUAAAAGAUUCUAUUGGGCACUUUCUUUAACAAGGUGCCAAAUUGUUAGAAUUUCCUUUAUCAGUUAUCUUGAACAUCUCUGUUACUCAAGCCAAGAGGGACAGCUGUAAUUGUAAGAAACAUAUCUGUAUUGCUCUGUACUUUGAUGUAACUUGGCCUAUCUUGGUAUAUCUUGCACUGGACCAACAGAUAACAUCAAUACACUCUUAAAGUGGUGGUUUGGCUAAAAAUCAAUUGUGUAUAUAUACUUUUGCAAUAAUAUUAAUAAUCGUAUACAACUAACUACCCAAAAUCUGAAUGGAGAAUUGUACCUGAAAUCUAGAAAUGAAAUGAACAAUAAUAUAAUUCCACUUUAAAUGUAAAUGUGAAAAUAUUAAACUUGAAUAUCUCUGCUAUUUUACAAAUGCUUUUAUUUAAAAACGUUAAAGAACAAUGUUUCUGGAAGCAAGUGUAGAAAAAUUUGAUCGAUUUAUUUUGGUUGACAGACAGGCUCUGAAACAGUAAAACAUGUCAGACACCAGACAUGGCUUUGGUUAAUCAAUAAUAUUUUUAGUAUGUUGAAAGUUGUGUAUGUUUGCUACUUUUUUUUUUUUUAAACCAAACUAUUCUUUUAAUUGACUUUGCAUUUAAAAGUGCAUUUGGAAUUAUUUAUAUAAAAAUGUGUUUUAUUUCAGAAUAUGUGUGAGAAUGUGUCAUAUAUAUAUAUACAGUAUAUAUAUAUAUAUAUAUAUAUAUAUAUAUAUAUAUAUAUAUAUAUAUAUAUAUAUAUAUAUAUAUAUAUAUAUAAAAUAUAUCAGUGCAACAUGAAGAAAUGUGUUAAAUAUAUUUUUAGAUGUGAUGGAGUGAGUCCUUCUGAAGACUAAAUGUCUUGUAUAUUUUCCACGGUGAUAAAUGACAGGCUGUAUGGUGUGAAAUGGGUUUAGUUGUUCUUCUAUGGAUCUCUGGUUUUGGAUGAAGGCCAGGUUAAUAAAUGGAUUACUGUGAUUAAAUCUGUAAUCUUAACCUUCUCUUGGCACAGAAAUAGACAAGUAAUGUUUCACUCAAUUGACAGUCAAGUGAAAUGGGCUGCAAGAGUCUUCCUUUUCUCAGAUUUUGUCUCUUCAAUAAACAAUCCUUGUUUGCCA